AGAAUGAGAACUGGAAUCCAAAUCCCACACAAAUUGACAACAUUCCUAUCUUCAAAUAAGAAUUUGAUAUUCUUUGUCUUAAAUUUGUCAACGCUUAUGAUUGACUCCAAGUCCAGCAAAUUAAGAUCAACAGUUAGAGUGUUUGUUCGUCGAAUCAAAAUCAAAUUCAAUUAAUGAGCAGUACUCAUUAUCCUAUUUUCUCCGCUUCAUUCAAUCAAGAUAACAGUCGUCUCGCAAUUAGCUCUCGCGAUGGUAUCAAAAUUUUUGAUCCUAAUACAGGCCGUCUCUAUUACAAACGUGUUGGAGCUUUUAAUGUAGUUGAAAUGCUAAACAGUACAAGUCUUCUUGCUAUUGUUGGUGCUGGUGAACAGCCUACGUUAUCGCCAAGGCGUCUCUGUUUGUUUGAUUUCAUAACUGGAACUCCUCGCCGCGAAUUGAAUUUUUUGACUUCCAUUCUUGCUGUUCGAUUGAAUAAAAAAAGGCUAGUCGUUGUUUUGGAAGAAAAAACUUUCAUUUAUGAUUCAAAUAGUAUUGCAAUGCUGGACACUAUUGAUACAGUUCCAAAUGCAAAAGGACUUUGUGCAUUUUCCCCUAGCUUAGAUGGUUGUUUCUUGGCUCUUCCUGCAAGUACAACCAAAGGGUCAGUUUUGGUCUACAAUGUCAUGGAACUCCAGUCACAUUGCCAGAUAGAUGCUCAUCGUGCACCAUUGGCUGCAGUGGCUGUUUCAUCGAAUGGGAUGUACAUUGCAACAGCAUCUGAACAGGGAACCAUUAUCAGAGUUCAUCUAGUUCAAGAAGCCACUAAAUCAUACAGUUUUCGAAGGGGGGCAUACCCAUCAACGAUAUUUUCCUUGUCAUUUGGACCUCCAAUGCAGUUUCCAGAAAUUCUUGUAGCUUCAAGUUCUUCAGGUUCUGUUCAUGCCUUUUUACUGGGGUUUGCCAUAAAUCAGAGGCGCAGAAGAUCAAGUAGCUUUCUAGCGUCCAUAUUACCUGAUUCUGUAAAUGAUGCUUUAGAUCUAUCCUAUCAUCACGUGCUUCAUAAUGCUGUUCCAGCUGGAGUGAAAAGCUAUGUAGUAGUGCGCAAGGUGGACAAGAUCGAUGACGUCUCUGAUUCUUGCAGUGCCACCAUAUCAGUAAUAACCUUCAAUGGGUUCUUCGAGGAGUACGCUGUAAAUGUUAACAUUCUAAAUGAAUCUAAAUGGAGUUUGAAGCACGAAUUCAAUCUUUUAACCGUGCUAUCAGGUGAAGAACAACAUUUUCAACUGGUAUGAUACAGCUUGACUAUCGCUGACAUAACAACUGAACUGAUUAGUCGAACAUGAAGAAAUCGACUCUCCGCUGUUGAUAAGAUACCGGUCUUUCUAAUGUUAUUAGACGGCAUAGAAAGCCAUGAUUUGCAGAGAGCUGACAACAACAUGAGCUAAGUUAAGACUUCACCUAUGUAAAUACACAUUAUAUGGAAUUUGUAAAAAAAAAUUAAGCUUAUUUUAGGUUUAUGUAUAGCUUGGCUUGUAUAUGUAGUAAAAAAAUUAAGUUAUGAUGUAUAUUUGUGUA